AUGGGGUUUAACCCCGAAGCUAGUGCACUGGAUAUACACCGUCGUGGUGAGGCCCAUACUUCUGGUCGGGGUAGUGGUAUGGUGGCCAAUGCUGGAGAACAAAUCAAUGUGACGGGAAAAGGUCUAGCUGAAACGUUGCUAACUACUUUGGAAAAGCUUGGUCUGGACUUGCUCUUUAUGAAGGCUCAAGGUUACGAUGGAGCUCGAGCCAUGUGUGGAGAAUUCAAAGGUUGCGCUGCUAUUGUCAAUAAAUCGUAUCCGGAAGCUCUCUAUCUUUACUGUGCAAAUCAUGGACUAAAUAAAGCUAUCACACAUGCGUGCCAAAUUCCAUCUAUCAGGAACUGUAUGGCAGCGGUUAAAGCAACAGUGAAUUUCUUCCGUAAUUCCAACAAAGCGGGCGCAAUGUUGAAAGGGUUUAUUCUAGCAGCUAACCCUGGUGCCAGACAAAUUCGUCUCCUGAAAUUUUGUGAGACACGGUGGGUAGAACAUCUAGAUUCUCUCAGCUUAUUCUAUGAGGUUUUAGAAUAUGUUCGCUUGGCAUUGGAGGAAUUGGACGAGAAGACAACACAGUGCGACGGCGUUCAGCCAUAUGCUUUACUCUCUUCAAUUCGAACAGCUCCAUUUAUCAUUGCGUUGACUGUACUCAAACCAAUUUUCAGCUUAACGAAGAAUCUGAGUGUCUUUCUACAAAAAGAAGAUUGCGAUUUGAGUAAAUGCGUAGCAUUUGCCAACGAUUUGUAUGAAGAGCUGAAAGAUAUGCGUUCGUCAGCCGACGAACAAUUUCACAAAAUGUCUUCAAGCGUAUCGUGA